UACCUUCAUCGACACUGACAGAGUCAUUAGCAUCAGUGUGGCUCCCUGAAUUCCCAAUAAAAUCCUUUUCCCUAUGCAUCAGUUCACCAGCCUUCAUUGUGAAUUUAAAGAGAUAUAUUUUCAUCCCAAUGCGAAAGGGCUAGAUUCAUAAGCUAAAUAAGACAGCUGACAUAUUCAUAAAAUCAUCCCGGACAUAGACGGACAUUUGCACACCUGUGUUUCCCAAUUUACAAAUUCAGUAAAACAGUUCAAUGAGAUUCAAAAGUGAUAAAGCCACUAUACCGCCGGUCACCUUGAUUUAUUCAUGGACAUAUUAACUCAACAAGAUCCAAAUUUUCUCAAUAAAAACAUUGCAUUCAUUAUGAUUCACUCAGCUUUUGGUAGAGUGGAGUAUAUAAGAUAAGAGACCAUCCAUCCACUCCAUUCACCAAAGCCUGACCUGAUAGAUCCUUCAUCCUGCUGCAGAGAUGAUCUGUAACCUGCUUCUGUCCUGCUCUGUUCUCCUGCUGUCCUGCAGUCAUCUGCUAGCACAUCCUGUUACAGACACAGCUGACAUGACUUACAGCGGCCCUGAUUCAGUGGAAGAAGCCGGAGUCGUCAGUCCAGAUGAUUUCUCUGUCUCUGAUCUCAAUGAUCUCCUGCAGAGGGCAGCAGUCGUAGGAUACUCCCCAUUGCUCAGCAGAGAGAGUCUCAAAAUGUCUGGACAGAUUCCUAAAGAGGCUCUUAGAGAGUUUCUGUUAGAAAAACCGUAUCGCCUCAUCCCUCCCAGCGGUCUGUGGGGCAGCAGGAGACAGUUCAGGAAGAGAGGCGGCAGUGCAGACUGCUUCUGGAAAUACUGUGUUUGAGCCAUUCAUGCCAUACUGAUUCAUGAGUGACAGGGCUUUUAUAGCUUUUC